UCCCAUCGUCCUUUGCUUGCGGGUGUUUCAAACAUGGAGGAGCGGGAGCGGCGAGGGGGCUCGGGCAGGGCGGGGAGCCCCGGGAGUCCGCCCAGCCCUCGGCUGGAUGUCAGUUCGGACCGCUUCGAUCCGCUGCUGGCCCUCUACGCGCCGCGCCUGCCGCCCAUCCCCUACCCCAACGCUCCUUGCUUCAACAACCUGGCCGAGUACGAGAGCUUCCUGCGGCUGGGCGGCCGGGGCCGGGGCCGGGGCCGGGCUCGGGGUCAGGCUGGCCCCGGAGCUGCGGGCGCCCCCGCCUCGGCCCCCGGCCCCGCCUCAUCCGCCUCCGGCUCCGCGCGCCGGACCUCCCGCCGCCGCGGAGCGCCAGCCCCGGACCCCGAGCGCAUCCAGCGGCUCCGCCGGCUCAUGGUAGCCAAGGAGGAGGCGGACGCCGGGGCCGCCGGCCAGGGCAGCGGCGGGCGCCCCGGCCGCAGGAGGAAGGCGCCGCGCAAUGUCCUCACCAGAAUGCCCCUGCAUGAGGGCAGCCCACUGGGUGAACUUCAUCGCUGCAUCAGAGAGGGGGUGAAGGUCAAUGUUCACAUUCGCACUUUCAAAGGGCUUCGAGGUGUCUGCUCUGGCUUCCUGGUUGCAUUUGACAAGUUCUGGAAUAUGGCACUUACUGAUGUGGAUGAGACUUACAGAAAACCAGUUCUGGGGAAAGCUUUUGAACGUGAACCUCCUUUAACUCUCACCAGGCUGUUUGACCGGCUCAAACUUCAGGAUUCCUCUAAAAAGGAAGCUGACUCCAGGUCAAUGGUUGAGGACUCUACAUUGUCCCGAUAUUCACAAACAUCUACUUGGAAGAUGGCCACAGUGUGGGGGAGAGAAGAUGAGGAUCGGGGAUCACAGAAACGUUCCCGUUCAGCACCUUCUUCACUUCUGACAGCUGGAAAGGAAGUUUCCAGGUCUGACUUGUCAGGCAGGACUACACGGACAGAGGGCUCUAGUGCAGGGGGUUCUAACUCAAGGGGCCGAUCUCGUAAGAAAAGACAGAAGCCUAAAGUAGAUUACCAGCAGGUAUUUACACGGCACAUUAACCAGAUAUUUAUCCGAGGAGAAAAUGUUCUGCUUGUCCACCUUGCCCAGUGAUCAACUGAGCUUUGAGUAUUUUAUUUUUAGAAAUAAACCGCAUGAAUUACAUUUGCACUGUGCUUCUUAGCAUCCCAGUGAAAAGCUAAUUUGAAGUGAUUCCCUCUGAUCAUAGAUAUAUAGAGGAAGGAGCUGAGUCUAGAACCCUGUGGCAUAUCUGCUUGUCCACAAAGAUAGGGAUAACAUGCUACCACAUAAAAAAGACAGACGUCCUUUUUAGAAUGGGUGGCUGUUCAGAGGUAGAAAGCAUCAUUAUAAAAUACGAAUCUUUUCAUUUAUACAUAGAUAUAAAUUAGAUUUGGUUUCAUGUGCUACUAUCAAUAGUCUUAAGAUAAAAAUAGAAAAAGGAUGGCCUUUUUGACUCUUACUAGAGUCAUAAUGUGUCUGUAACUUACCACAGACGCCACAACAUGAAAAAAAGAAUCCUGUCUUAAAAUGAUGUGGUAUCUGUGGUGAGUGCUCAUGGAAUUUCUUUUUAAGAGAUAAUGAUAUGAAUUGCAAUGCCAUCUCUGCACUUACCAUUGCAUUUUACAUUAUAUCAUCCAUCUUUCUGGACUUUCUCCUGAUCAGGGACUAGAAUUUAUGAGCUUUAUUGAACAUUCUUAACAUCCAUGGAACUCACCAACUUGUAAGUGGGAUUUGUUCAGGUGGUAUGUUAUAAACACCCAGCAUUUAAUAGUUGUCCCUGUUGUCAUUGCAAAUUCAGUAGCUUGAUUAAUAUGUUUACUGACCUGAUGAAGUUACUUUCUGCGUAUGGUGGAUCAGAUAGGAACUGUGUCCUAUCUUCUUGUCCUUUUGCUGUCCCUGACUUUUGUGGCAUGCUGUUGGUGCAUGAGUUGGUGUGGCAUGGCAUUCAAUGCAAUAAGAGUUAUCCUGUGAGCUGUGUGGCAUUUGUGGUGCCAUGCAAAUUAUAUUGUGCUUAAUUUAGCUUAAGGGAGUUCAGUCUAAACUCAGUGACAUAUAUAUAUAUAUCUUAAUUACUACAACUCCUUCUCUUGGAGCUGGGAACAAAGGGUGCUUUUAGCUUGAUUCUAAUGUGAAAUGGGGAGGUUAUUUCCCCCUUAUAUCUGGCCAAAGAGGCUUUUGCAACCUGAGAUCAUAGGUAGCAUUCAUUUUAGAGGGACAUUGUAACCCAAGGUGGUACGUGCAACAAGAACAUCAUAGAAAUGUGACUUCCAACCAUCCUGUUGUGCUUCUACUGUAGUGAUCUUUUGCUCUUUAAUUGAGCCAGUAUGAAACAGACUAAAUCCUGAAACAAACUGUUAGACAUUAUUUAACUGUUUUUGGAUUGACUGUUUUCUUUCCUUUUUUUUUUUCCCUAUAGUGAGAGUUAGCUUUUGUGCAGAAUGAUAAUAAGCUCAUUAUUUGGUUAGUUGCUCAAGUAUACAGAAAGAAAAGUGCUGUGUAACUUGUUGCAGAAACCAUUAGAGAAGGAGUUGGAGCUCAGGUAUAGAAAGCUGAUUUGCAUCCUGCUGCUUUUUCAUAUUGUGAUUAUAGGUAAGUCAGUGUAACCCCUUGCAGCCUCAGUUUCCUCCAUCAGUCAAAUGGGGAAAUAAGAUACCUACCUCACAGGGGUAUUGGGAAGAAAAACCUGAAAAGCGUUUUGAAAACAAAGUCUGUUAUUUAAGUGCCAGCUAUGGUUUUACUAACUUUCUUAGCUUUUUAAGGUUUCAUUAUCUUGUGGUCAAGGCAGGUGCUAUGUCAAUAAGAUAGUAAUUAUUUGUCAUUAGGGAUAUAUGUGAUCUUCCAAAAAUUUUAAAGCCAAAAGAUAGGUUCUUAAGAACCAUUUUCUAGGAAUGUCUGUGUUCCAUUCCCAAAUUCUAGGAGUAAUUGUAUUCCUUAGAAAAAUACCAUAAAUGUGAAGAUAAUGCCAAUUUGGGAAUCACCCUCUCCAUUCUUUGGACUGCCUCUAGGAUAGGGGGUUAUAGUGCCAACAAAAGAACAAGUCCCUAAAAGUGCCUCACCUUCAAAGGGAAAAUCAUGGGGAGCUUUUAAAUUUUUAAAUAAUUUUAAGAAUUCUACUUCUAAAAGCUAAUUAUAGAUGCUAGUGUUAGAAAAUUAUAUAGCAUUUGAAUGGAAAUAACUUUUAAAACUUGACAAAAUGAGUGAUUCAGUUAUAUGAUCCUUAUAAUAUUUUUCCAAAAAAGUCAGUCUUCAAAAAUUGUAUUUGGGAGGGUAUAUGUGGCAGCAUGGGUACCAGCCCCACCUAACAGUAUUGCCAUUUUAGUUCACCUUACCUCUGCCCUAGAAUAAAAACUACAGUGAAUGCUUACUUUCCCAGAAAAACAUAUCCCAGGACAAUAAUCAAAGGGAUUUAUGAAAAACAUGUGCCAAAUUUUCACUGAUCAUGCUGAUUUCCAAUAGACAUAGUCUAAUUUUUCAAAAAUGGUAAAUAAUCUCUGAUUGCCUCUAAAGUGUGUAGGCUACUCCUUGUUCAGGAACUCAUCAUUUUUCUGUCAGUUUCAGAAAGGAUUCAUCUAAAUAGCUUUUAUAAGUUUUAUAAGUUGUAUAUGAUUCAUCGUGCUUGAUCAAUCAUAUACAUCAUGAUGUCUUCUUGGUUAUGGCUUGGCUAUUGAUUCCGCAGUGUUUACUGUCUAGUAAAAAAAAAAAAAUUACAAGAUAGUAUUGUAUUGAAAACUUAAUAGAACAG